UAGCAAUUUCUGCACUGACUGUUUCUUUUCUAAGUAAUGGAUGAUUUUGUGCGUAACAAACUAAACCUUUGGGGUUUAAAUGAGUUGCGGGAAAAAUUUGAAGAUGAAGGCAUCGACAAAGAAAGUCUUUACUAUCUUAUGGAUAAAGAUAUUGAUGAACUGAUUCCAAAAAUGGGACCAAGGAUACGAUUCAAACAGAGACUGAAGAAAAUGAAGGAAGAAGAAAGCACAGAAAUGGCGAUGGAAAGUUUUUCUGCUCAAACUUUACCAUCCAACAGUGAUACAAGAAAGAGAAAGGUGGAUUUCCAGAGUGACUCCAGCAAAUUUCAACCGACAAAAAAACGAAAGAAUGAAGCCAUCUUCUCAGAUUUAUGGAUUUUCUGUGGUGUAAAAAACAUAAUGGCAGAUGUCCAAGCAAAACUACAAAACCAAGAAGACACAAAGGUUAACAACUUUUUGAAGACUAAAAUAAUGAAUCUGGAGACGGAAAAAAGAGAGCUGGUUGGAGUCUUUGGGAAAACCGGAGCUGGAAAGACAUCUUUGAUAAAUGCUGUCAUUGAAGAGGAAAGGCUUUUACCAUCUGGAAGUCUCAGUGCCUGUACCUCAGUCAUGAUCAAAGUGGAGGCUAACAGGCUCAACCAUAAAUAUGAGGCAGAGAUUGAGUUCAUCACAAAAGAGGAGUGGGAAGAUGAAUUGAGCAGCAGAGAUCAGUUUCUUAAGGAUAACGAAGAUCAGGAGAAAGAUGAAGAAUAUAAUGAUGAAUAUCAUGAUCUUGUUGAAAAACUGUCUGCAAUUUAUGGGGAAGACUGGAAAUGGAAAACUACUGAGCAACUCAUGGAGCACAAAUACUUCAGGGAAAUUCCAGAAUUUCGUCAGUCGAUACGAAAAACUUUGACGUGUGAAUCAGCUGAAGCUCUAUCUGCAAAGAUGAUCAAAUACACACGAAGUGACACAAAACAAGAAGGAGGUGAGGUUGUAAAAAGGUGGUAUUGGCCACUGGUGAAGUGUGUCACUGUCAGGGUGCCAAAUAAAAACUUUCUACAACACGUUACACUGGUGGACCUUCCAGGAAAUGGAGACCGUAACAAAAGCAGAGAUGAGAUGUGGAAAGGGAUUGUUGGAAACUGUUCAACUGUGUGGAUUGUAUCUGAAAUCAACCGAGCAGCAGCAGAAAGAGAAUCCUGGGAGAUCCUAAAAAGUGCAAGUAGCCUCCUUGGAAACGGAGGGGAAUGUCGGCACAUCCACUUUAUCUGCACCAAGUCUGAUAUUACUGAAGAUUCACAUGAUGAAGCUGCUGUGUUGGAUUCUAUACUCAAAAGAAACAUGUCAGCCAAAGAAUCUGUGAGAAAAGAAUUCAACAAGCUAGCCAGAGUUAAGAAACAUUUUAAUGAAGACUGUUUCCAAGUGUUCACAGUGAGCUCCAAAGAGUUUGUCAAGAGGAAAUAUCUAAGUCCAGAAUACACCGAAAUCCCCAAGCUUCAGGAGUUUCUGCAAAAUCUCAAUGACUGUCACUCAGAAACAUCGAACUACUUGUCUGGAGCUAAUGGGAUCCUCUCUUUGAUUCAAGGAGCAAAGUCAGGGAAUAUGAGUGGAGAAAAUAAAGAUGUUUGUAAGGAACUUCAGAGAAACCUCAGCCAACAAAGUGACUUGAUCAGAUAUGCAAUGAUGGAGAAUUACAAAACUUUUGAAAAGUGCCUACAAGAAGGAGUCGAAAAAUCCAAACAUUCUUUUGAAAAAAUCUUGAGGACCUUUCUCUAUCCUCCAAGAAAGAGUGAUCGUGGUUUUUAUAAACAACUAAGAAAAUUGGUCGAAAAUAAAGGGGUCCUGAAACCAAAACGUCGGCCCGAAAAAAACUUGAACACAAAGUUAAUUUCACUCCUGACAGAUAGCAUUGAUGAGGAAUUCAAAAAAACUUUCCCGAAUGACGGAAAAUGUGGUCCAAUCUACGGAGUAAUCAAAGAAUUUUCACUUGAUGUUGAAGGGCUAAAACAGAAGUACAGUGAUGUUGAACUACAGCUGGUAUUUCUGAAGAAUGAGGAAGAACAAUUAAAGACAAAACUGACCAAACUUAUUCGUAACCGUAAAAAAAACAUCUACAACAGUCUAGCAAGGACAGCUGAGGAAAUCCUGCAGGAAUGCUAUGACAAAGCAGCAGGAUUUUCAGGAACUGGUUUACUGCAGAACAUGAGGGAAACUAUAGAGAGACAUGUCCAUAAAUCAAAGGACAUCCUGUUUGAAAAGGCUAAAGAUGAAAUGUUGGAUCUGCAUAGCAGUUUGACGACGGAGAUCUUGGCGACUCUGGAGAGAACCAUGAAGGAAUCAAUUGAGCUCUCAUUCAAGAUUGAUAAGGAAUCAAUUCCAGACGUUUCAGAAGAACUAACCAGGGUUCAACAACUCCAUGAAGAGUUUCUGAAAAGCAGCUGAAAAUGCUUUCUUUGAUCGCAGAACGGUCAUCAUGACGUGUGGGAUCUAGGGUUGUUCGAGAUGAGGGAGCCUUCACUGAGGAUGAAUUGUUUGCCACAAUUGUUUUUGUAAUGUUUGGUUUAGAGUGAUUUACAAUCAAUAUCAGUGUGAAAAAAUGUUUAGG